UCCAUGAACCGCCAGAAAUGCGUCUGUGUCGUUAGUAAAUGGCGUGGUUAAUCAGCAGCGCUCUCCUCCUCGUCUGCUCCGGCACCGCCGCGUCCUGCUCCACAGCCAGAAGCGGCGUCAGUGACUUGAGCGUGCCGCAGUACUUGCUGGACAGCGCCAGCGCAACCACCCCUGCGCCCGACAGAAAUCAGGAGCCGGCAUACCAGUGCUUCUACCAGCGCGACUCCACCGCCUACUGCCAGGAGAUGGCGCGGUGUCGCGGCGUACGGCGCAGCUUCAGAGUCCCGCUGGCAACGAAUCUCAGCUUCACUGGCUACGCCUGCCCGGCUGCGCCCUUCACCCGGCUCCCGUUUUCCGCCAAGAGCGGCAUCGCCACUACCGGUUUCGCCGCGUGGCUGCUGCCGUCCACCCUGGGAACGGCCGCCGUCGCCUCGGACCUGAUCUUCGUCUGCCACUUCCACACCCACCGGACGCCGGCCCAGCAGUCUUUCACCUGCGCGGGACCUGUCGAUUGUAGCAUCCGGGAUUCGAACGGGAUGCUUUGUGCGGGUGUCCUAGCCUGGUUCGGCGCCUGGACCGGUGACCUGCAGUUAGGUUUGUGGGGCGUGGUCAUGAGUGAGACUAUGGAGUGACGCUGGCAAUUGUCCAGCGAGCUGCGGCCCCCGUGUUUUCGUCAAGGGUUCGGCCAUCGGCGCGCAGUUGACUUCUCUGGCCGCAAACGAUUAAGCUGCGUCGGAGGCAGAACACCCACGGUCACCUGCCAACGUAUCUGUACACUAUACGCUACUUUAAUACUUAUUAAAAACUAGUGAUACCGGAUACGUAUAACGACACUUAUUAAAGUGACCAUUAUUUACAUUUUACAUACAGUUACAGUUACAGUUACAGUUAAUGUUGUCAGUUGGUACACUGCUGAAUGCUGCUGUAGAGCAUUUCCUCUUGAAUCUCCGGUGAUUUUAU